AUGCUUCCCAAACCUAAGUUCAAUGUUAAUUCAGACACAUCUGCUGUCAAUACAAGCCAUGGAUGGCAACAAUCAGCGCAACAGUCAUCGCAAUCGUGGUUUGAUUAUAAUCGCAAUCAAUCGCUGAAUGGAUCAGUUGAUUAUCAUAGACAACAACAAUACCAACAAAAUCAUCAAAGAUUUCAAUCACAACCACAACAAAUGAAUUUUCAUCAUAAUUAUGGACACAUAACCGAUGGAUCUAAUUCUGAUAAUAACAAUCAAAAGACAUUCAGUUGUCACACAUGUGUUCGUCAGUUUCCUAACCAACAGCUCUUAGAUCAACACAUUAGUCAACAUAUAGUGUGUGGUUUAGAUGACUGUACAUUCAAAGCACAUCCCAAAGUGAUUGACAAUCACCAAAAGAUGCAACACUUUUGUUUUAAAGAUAAGACUCAGAUCAAGAAGUUUAUGUCAUUGGAUACCGAAGAGGAUAUUAAAAAGUGGAGAGAAGAACGAAGAAAACAUUUUCCCACUAAAGAUAAUAUUCGUCUUAAAGACGAAGUUAAAGAAAAAGAGAAACUCAAAGACAUUGAAAGGAGAAAUAAAUUGUCUGAAGAAAUGACUGCAAAACAAUGUGAUCGACGAGAAAAUGAUAGGAAGUCUAAAGAUAAGAGCAAUAAGAGGUCAGCAAAUUAUAAUAACAAUAGUAAGCGAUCAAAAAGUGGCCAAACUUAUGAACCAGUGGUCAAUAACCGAAAAUUAACACUUUUUCAAAAGUUACUUUUGAAUGAUAUUCAAAGAAAUGAGUCAAAUAUUAUGGAUACAAUUGAGAAGAUUGUCGAAAACAAUUUCUUCGAAGAGAGUAAACUGUAA